UUUGUAUCAGAAUAUGGUAGUACUGCUGCCUAUGUACUUCGAUUAGCACGGCCAUGGUUUGGAAGUGAGCGUACUAUAGUUGGUGAUAUUGCAAUUGUUAAUGAUAUAUAUUUAAUUGCGGCUUCUUUAAAAGAUAGAAAACCACAGUGCAUUAUUGCAACAGCAUCAACUACAACACAAAGUGAUGAAGUUGAACGUAUAGUCAAGGAUCAUAAUAAUUCGUCAUUGGUUAAAUUUACACGGCCUAAAAUCUUUUCUGAAUACUCUUCUUCAAAAG